AUGGAACCUUCGUCGCCUCCUCUGGAGAUACUAGUUCGGGGAUCGGAAGGCGCGUGUAUAUGGAAGGGGCCGCCGUUCAAGGACGGCGGCGGGCCGAGCGUCGAGGUCGAGAACAUUCGCUGCAACAGUUCCAAGUUCAGUGACGAUGGCUCCGUGCUCAUGAUUAUGAAGGAAGAUUCGGUUAUCAGCCUGUACGAUUGCAAGAGCAAGUUCACGGAGAUCCGCUCUUUCCAAGUUCCCAAUCUCGUGUCCGCUGCCCUGUCUCCUUGUGGAACCUUUGUUCAGACGUUUCAGAAGUCCACGACUCCCCAGGAUAAGAAUGUCGCCCUGUGGGAGACGAAGAAUGGUGAUGAUGUGCACCGUCACUUCCAAAAGAAUACGAGCAAAGCCACAUGGCCUUCUAUCCGUUUUAGCUCUGACGAGACAGUUGCAUGUCGUCUGGCGACCAAUGAGAUACAAUUCUUUGACCCCAAAGAUUUCUCGAAGGGGUUUGUGAAUCGCUUGAGAGUUCCAAGCAUUGCUGCAUUUGAGCUCUCAGCUCUACCGGGAUCCCAUGUUGCUGCGUUUGUUCCCGAGUCUAAGGGGAGUCCAGCCAGUGUUCAGAUAUAUAAUUGCAAGAAGGAAUUGCAAGAUCAGGCUGUUGCUCGUCGGAGCUUUUUCCGUUGUUCUACAGUCCAGCUGCACUGGAAUCGAGGUUCUACGGGACUUCUGGUAGUGGCGCAGGCUGAUGUUGAUAAGACCAAUCAAAGUUAUUAUGGGGAAACAAAGCUCAACUAUCUUACCACCGAUGGGAGCCAUGAGGGGCUAGUGUCUUUGCGCAAAGAAGGGCCCAUUCAUGAUGUUCAAUGGUCAUACUGUGGCACAAAGUUUGCUGUUGUUUAUGGGUUCAUGCCUGCAACUGCAACAAUUUUCGACAGGAAGUGCAGACCUCUACUUGAGCUAGGAUCAGGCCCUUACAAUACUAUCCGGUGGAAUCCCAAGGGAAAAUUCAUAUGCAUAGCUGGUUUCGGAAACCUGCCUGGUGACAUGGCAUUUUGGGACUAUGAAGAAAAUAAACAACUUGGAGCAACCAGGGCUGAAUGUUCUGUUACUAGUGAAUGGUCCCCAGAUGGCCAAUUUUUCAUGACUGCUACUACUGCACCAAGACUACAAGUUGACAAUGGGAUUAAGAUUUUCCACUAUAACGGGUCACGAUUCUUCAAAAGGAUGUAUGACAAGUUGUACCAGGCUGACUGGAGACCAGAAUCACCAGAUAAAUUUCCUGAAAUUGUUGACCUUGUCAAGACUGUUGAUUCAUUAGCAAUCAAAGAUGCCAAACCUCAAGGACAAGGGUCAUCAGCCCCUCGGAAAACUCAACCUACUCCUAUGAAGGCUCCUGUAAAACCUGCUGCGUACCGGCCACCACAUGCAAAACAGGCUGCAGCCAUUCAGGCAGAGCUACUUGGACGUGACAGCAGUGCAGAACAAAUGAGCAAAAACGCGCUGAAAAACAAGAAGAAAAGGGAGAAACAGAAGGAGAAGAAGGCUGCUGCUGGUGGUUCGGAAACCAGUUCAUAA